UGUUUUUUCAUGCUAGUGUUUCAUCCACUUAUGGAACACAAAUGUGAACCUUGAUGAUGUAGUAUAACUGUCCAUUGGACUGGACUCAGAAUCGUUUUGAAAAGAGAAUCUUGCCCAGAAUAUUCCUUUGACUCGCCUCUUGUAUGACUUCCUAUUCAACUGUGUAAUCUUGUUGGGAUCCUUAAUUUUUCUGAGAGAAUAUCACUUUACUCUCAGCUCAAAAGACUAGUUAAAACAUGUGAUUCACUUUUAAUAGGCAGUCCCUACUGCCAAGUAAAGUUAUACUUGUUAUUUCAAACCCACUGCCUCCCAAAAUCUUUCAGAAGCUUAGCUGAAAUACUAUGUCGUAUUGCCUGGAGGAUGUCCAGCUUGUUUCCUUCUCUAAAUGCUCUAAAGUAGGUUAACCUAGAGGAGCGAAAAGUUGUCAAUGUAUCUAGUCUGAAUGGUAUUCAUUCCCUGUAGGGUAGCUUUUACUGAAUGGCUCUUUGUUUCAUGAUGUCUGCCAUCUGUACUAAGGAAGGAACAGUAAGAAACAGCCCUCUGAAACUGAUAUUUCUCUUGAAAGGAUGUUGUUGAUGACACUGUUAAUUGCCUUUGCAUUUUCUUCUUUAUGAAGCUCGAACUGGGUGGAGCCCACUGCAGCUCACCUAGGCUUGCCUGCCUUUGUAGACUCCACCUCUAGGGGCAGGGCAUAGCUGAACAAAAGGCAGCAGAAACUUGUGCAGACUUAAACGUCCCUGUCUGACAGCUUUGAAGAGAGCAGUGGUUCUCCCAGCACAGAGUUUGAGAUCUGAGAAUGGACAGACUGCCUCCUCAAGUGGGUCCAUGACCCCCGAGUAGCCUAACUGGGAGACACCUCCCAGUAGGGGCCAACUAACACCUCAUACAGCCGGGCGCCCCUCUGAGAUGAAGCUUCCAGAGAAAGGAUCAGGCAGCAACAUUUGCUGUUCUGCAAUUUUUGCUGUUCUGCACCGGGCAUGUUUUUCAACAGUUACCUCUCCUUCCCCUCCAGAAGCAUGUAAGGAGUUUUCUCCAAUUCUCACCCUAAGUCUUCUGGAGACAAAACUCAUGAAGGUAUGGGAGGCUCCCACUAGUUAGGCCCCCAGGAGUUUUUACCUCUCAGGCUAGGCUGCUGUCAGCUCCAGCAAUUAGCCAAUUCCCUUUGAAGUAUGUCUACCCAAUGCUGGCUCCAGUGGUGGUUUCUGAUCCAGGUAAGUUGUGAUUCUCUGUAUUUGCCCAUGGCUCCAGGUUCCAUAGGGUUGGCAUGUCUUAGGACCUCCAUUUUCUGUUGCAUAUAAGUAGAGUUAUUGAUGUUCGGUUUGUUCAGCUUUUUUCUGGUGAGAGUGGGAGUGAUGGCUUUUAAGCACUUUACAAGUCUGGUUGUAAUUUCUGAUUUUUUCUUCAAGCCAUCAAUAAAUGUCAUAUAAAUCCUCCAUUGUACUGUUAGUUGUUCUCUGGACGCUCCCCACAUGAGGUCCUGCAUCCCUCUGCUCACCCUACUUCUGAUUGUUCACAAGGCCAACUGCGUGGCUGCCAUCCUGGGGCUUCCCUUGCCUCCUCUAUCAUUCUGGAUCUCCAGUUUCUCAGAUAUCAGGUUUUCCUAGUGGUUUUCUCUUUCAUUUUAAUGUAAGUACUUGUGCAUAACAUGCGUCACACAUUUGCCAGUUUCAUGGUGGAAAAAAAUUUAUCCUAACAGUAGUGUGCUCAGAUUGUUUUUUCUAGUUUUAAUGUUAUGAAGUAUUUCAGUGACAUUCUGAGACCUAACCUUUUCUAUGGAGUUUUCCCCCCACCCCUCUAGAAGCUCUUGGGAUCUUUUGCUCAUGCCUAGAGUUCUGGCAUUCCAGGAUGAUGUACCGCAGUGUGCUUCAUUUUUUGCUUCCAUGGGUUAAGCAUUUCGUCAAGCCAUUCAUUAGGACACUGUAUGUCUUUAAGGCCCAGGAUAUUUUCUCAUAAUGAUUAUUUGAUAUUUUCCUCCCCUUUGUUUUCUCUGCAGGUGAGAGAAAUUGUUUCAAUUAGUAGUGAUUUAUUUUGCCCUUUUCAUAGCAAACUGGUGUGUGUGUGUGUGUGUGUGUGUAAGAGAGAAAUACUUACUUGAUGUCAUGUGGAAAUUAUUGCCAGGUACCAAAUUACAAAGCAAACACGGUUACAUCCUGAACCCUGAAAAGAUGUCAAAAGAAAGAUCCCAAGAGAAGCUCAUUCAUACCCUCACCAAGUCUCUAUACUUUUCUAAUGGUUAGUGCCAGAAAUGCUAGCAAUCCUAAAACUCUGCUAAAAGAAAGAGAAUUGUCAUAUUAGGUUUUGGAUAACAGGUUUCAGGUUCUUCUCAUGCUCUUGAGUCUUUGGAACUUGCUGGAAUCAGUAUACUUCUGCAGGCAGGGGUAAGUGAGAUGCAUUCCUGUCUUUCAGGAGAUGUGGAAGAGGUCUCAGGAGUUUUCAAGGCCACAUCCAUCAGUGCACAUUGUGCUUAUGGAAUCUGUGAUGUCACUGCCUCCCCCGAUGAAAAUCAGCCCUGAAUCUGUUUGCCUUUAGGAAUUAACACCAGCAGAGGAACAGUAAAACAACGUGGGAUUCUCUGGCUUCUGGAGCCUCUGCAUAUGUCAAGACAAAAUUGCUUCACCAGUGAAUCAGGUCACCCAGCAUCUCUAACUAUUAAAAUUCAGCUUGGUUGGACAUAACCUUGGGUUUUAUUGAUUUGUUGGAGUUUGAAAUACUUAUUCUAGAUACUAAUCAGGUUUUCCCAUGUUACAUGUACUUUCUUCAAUUUCGUGCUUUCCCUUAAUCUGAUGCCCAAUUUUAUGUGUGCACAGACUCAUUUUUCAUUUUCAUGUAGUCAAAGCCUCAAAAAGUCUCACCCCAAUUUCUUCAUGAAAACUUCAUCAAAGGUUUAGUUCAAUCCUAUAAGCCUAUAAUCAAAUCCAGUCCUUUCCAGAAAAGAAGUUCUUAUGUAGGCAAAUUCACAUAUUUCUGUCUUGGUAGAAACCAUAAAGAGUCAUUGAUAAUCAUUUGUUCAACUGAAUACAAAAGGUUAAUGUCUGGGUACAGACAAUCAAUUUCUUAUGAAAAUGAUUUAAGGUUAUUUGGCUUCAUUGAAAAUGGAAAAACAUCUUAGGAUUCCCAGAGGAAUUUUCACAUUUAUGGUAGUCUAUCAACAUUGUAUCAGGAAUGCUGCUGUACUCCCAGAAGUGGUUGGUGAUCACUGCAGAUCACAAAAGUUGUUUCCAAGCUCAGAUUUAGUACAAUUUUCUAUCUCAAUAUUAUCUUUUAUUUAUUUGUAAUAUUUAAAACAUUUAAAUCCAUGUCUAUCAUACUUUCUGUGUAUUAAUUAUUUUUAGUAAAAUAUGAUUUUGUUCUUGUUUAAAUUUCACCAUUAUUUUAGAUACCAGGGGCACAUGUGUAGGAUUGUUACAUGGUUGUAUUGGACCCAGGUAUUAGUGGGCAUAGUACCCAAUAGCUAGUUUUUCAACCCACUCCCUCUUCCUUCCUCUCCCCCUCCUGGUAGUCCACAGUGUCUCCUGUUCCUCUGUUUAUGUCUGUGUGAGCUCACUAUUUAGCUGCCACUUCUGAGUGAGAACAUUCGGUAUUUUGUUUUCUGUUCCUGCGUUAGUUUCCUCUGGAUUGUAGCCUCCUGCUCUAUCCGCGUUGUUGCAAAGGAUGUGAUUUCAUUCUUUUUUAUGGGUGUGUAGCAUUCCAUAUUGUGUAUGUACCACAUUUUCUUUCUUUAAUCCACCGUUGAUGGGCACCUAGAUUGAUUGCAUGCCUUUGCUAUUGUCAGUAGCCUGGUGAUGAACAUACUAGUGCUCGUGUCUUUUUGUUAUCAUGAUCUAUACUCCUUUGGGUAUAUACCCAGUAAUGAGAUUACUGGUUGAAUAGCAGCUCUGUUGUAAGUUCUAUGAGAAAACUCCAAACUGCUUUUCCACAGUGACUGAACUAAUUUACAUUCACUGCAAAGGUGUAUAAGCCUUUUCUCCACAGCCUCAUCAGCAUCUGUUGGUUUUUGACUUUUUAAUAAUGGCCAUUCUGACUGGUGUGAGAUGGUAUCUCACUGGAGUUUCUAUCUGCAUUUCUCUGAUGAUUAGUGAUGAUGAGCAUUUUUUCCUAUAUUUGCUGGCUGCUUGUGUGUCUUCUUUUGUGAAGUGCCUGUUGAUGUCUCUUUGCCCACUUUUUAGUGAGAUUAUUCGGGGUUUGUCUUAUUGUUGCUUUUUCAAAGUUUCUUGUAGAUUCUGGACAUUAGACGUCUGUCAGAUGCACAGAUUGUGAAUAUUUUCUCGAUUCUGUAUGUGGUCUGUUUACUCUGUUGAUGGUUUCUUUUGCUGUGCAGAACCUCUUUAGUUGAUUUAGGUUCCAGUUGUCAAUUUUUUAUUUUGUUACAGCUGCUUUUGAGGGUUUGGCCAUAAAUUCUUUGCCAAGGGUGAUGUUAAGAAUGGUAUUUCCUAGGUUUUCUUCUAGGAUUUUUCUACUUCGAGGUUUCUGUAUGUAGUGUUUCAUUGCAGAUGACAACCAUCCGGAGACUAAUCAUUACAAGCCAAGAAAGGGAAUUUAUUGUUUGCCAGAAAAAACAUCCAACACAAAAAAAUUAGCAAAGGAGAUUCCUGAGUGUCCCUUUCUGUAAAGCAUCCAGCAUUGUUCUCUGCAGAGUUCAGCAAACGUUUUUCCGUAAAGGGCUAGAGAGAUAUUAAAUAUUGUAGGUUUCUAAGCCAAGAGGCAGAAACCAUGGUAUUAUGUAGGUGCACAUGUAACCAAGGAGAAAACAAAUUUCUAUACCAUUUUCGUCGAUGAGAUCCUAAGUUAACAAUAGUAACUGAGUAGAACCUCUCAGGUGUUAAAUGUUCUUUGCAUUGAGAGCCUAGAUCUGCUCACCUAGGCUCCCUGGUACAGCCCUCCCUUCCCUCCCCACAGGCCAUUUCCUCCCUGCUUCCCUCAGAUGAAGAGUUCCAUACAAAAGACCUACUCCCCUGAGAAGCAGUGAAGUGGUCCUGGGGCCCACCACGGCCACACAAAUCAAGAAGUGGGUGACCUCACCCAGCUGAUUUUGAGAUCACCUUUGUAAAAUGACAUCUUGCUGGGAGAUGGUCAUCAGACAUAAGGCCAUGGAUGCGGCUGUUGGAGGAGGUGAGAGGAGAGAUGCCCAGGGGGAGAAGUGGCCAAGCACUGACACCUCUGCGUCCAACCUCACAAAAGACUCAAGGGCACAGAGGAAAGACUAUGGGAGGACACAGCAAGAAAGUUGCUUUCUGCAAGCCAGGAAGAGAGGCCUCCCCAGAAACCAACCCUGCUAGCAUAUCCAACCUCACAAAAGACUCAAGGAGAACUUCUGGCCUCCAGAACUUUGAGAAAAUGUCUAUUGUUAAGCCACCCAAACUUUGUUAUCUUUCUAUGGCAGCCUGAGCUGACUAAUACCCUUGGAUCUUAGUGCAACAUUGCUCUGCAAACUUGAACCAGGGCAGAGUGAGAUAGCAGAAGAGCUGUGCCAGCAUCUACAGUGAAAGGAAAGGAUGCUGCAAGACCUUCUAAGUGAUCGAAACAAACAAGUGGUGGAACAUGAAAUGGAGAUUCAAGGCCUGCUUCGGUCUAUGAGCACCAGGGAGCAGGAAAGCCAAGGUUCAAUGCAGAUACCUUCCAGAGAUGAUAGCACUUCAUCGACUGCCAAAGAGGAUGCCAGCAUACCCAGAUCCACAUUAGGAGAGUUGGACACAGUUAAAGGGCUGGUGGAAAAAGAACUGAGUACUGCCAAAGAGGAACUUGAACUCAUGGCUAAAAAAGAAAGAGAAAGUCAGAUGGAACUUUCUGCUCUACAGUCCAUGAUGGCUGUGCAGGAAGAAGAGCCGCAGGUGCAGGCUGCUGAUAUGGAGUCUCUGACCAGGAACAUACAGAUUAAAGAAGAUCUCAUAAAGGACCUGCAAAUGCAACUGGUUGAUCUUGAAGACAUACCAGCUAUGGAACGCCUGACCCAGGAAGUCUUACUUCUUCGGGAAAAAGCUGCUUCAGUAGAAUCCCAGGGUCAAGAAAUUUCAGGAAACCGAAGACAACAGUUGCUGCUGAUGCUAGAAGGACUAGUAGAUGAACGGAGUCGGCUCAAUGAGGCCUUACAAGCAGAGAGACAGUUCUAUAGCAGUCUGGUGAAGUUCCAUGCCCAUCCAGAGAGCUCUGAGAGAGACCGAACUCUGCAGGUGGAACUGGAAGCUCAGGUGUUACGCAGUCGGCUAGAAGUUCUUGGAAGAAGCUUGGAGCGCUUAAACAGGCCGGAGACCCUGGCCACCACUGGAGGUGCAGCUGCAGGGGAUGACACCAAAGAUGCAAGCACUGAGUUCACUGACAGUAUUGAGGAGGCCGCACACCGUAGUCACCAGCAACUCAUCAAGGUGGCUUUGGAGAAAAGCCUGGCAAUUGUGGAGACCCAGAACCCAUCUUUUUCCCCUCCUUCUCCGAUGGGAGGGGACAGUAACAGAUGUCUUCAGGAAGAAAUGCUCCACCUGAGGGCUGAGAUCCACCAGCACUUAGAAGAGAAGAGGAAAGCUGAGGAGGAACUGAAGGAGCUAAAGGCUCAAACUGAGGAAGCAGGAUUCUCCUCAGUGUCCCACAUCAGGAAUACCGUGCUGAGCCUUUGCCUCGAGAAUGCAGAGCUGAAAGAGCAGAUGGGAGAAGCAAUGUCUGAUGGAUGGGAGAUCGAGGAAGACAAGGAGAAGGGCGAGUUGAUGGUUGAGACGGUAGCCAAAGAGGGUCUGAGUGAGAGUAGCCUUCAGGCUGAGUUCAGAAAGCUCCAGGGAAAACUGAAGAAUGCCCACAAUAUCAUCAACCUCCUCAAAGAACAACUUGUGCUGAGUAGCAAGGAAGGGAAUAGUAAACUUACUCCAGAGCUCCUUGUGCAUCUGACCAGCACCAUCGACGGAAUAAACACAGAACUGGUUGGUUCUCCUGGGAAGCACCAACACCAAGAGGAGGGGAAUGUGACUGUGAGGCCUUUCCCCAGACCCCAGAGCCUUGACCUUGGGGCUACCUUCACAGUGGAUGCCCACCUAUUGGAUAACCAGUCCCAGCCUCAUGACCCUGGGCCUCAGUCAGCGUUUAGCCUACCAGGGUCCACCCAGCACCUGCGCUCCCAGCUGUCACAAUGCAAACAACGCUAUCAAGAUCUCCAGGAGAAGCUGCUGCUAUCAGAAGCCACUGUCUUUGCUCAGGCUAACGAGCUGCAGAAAUACAGAGUUAUGCUUAGUGAAUCCUUGGUGAAGCAGGACAGCAAGCAGGUCCAGGUGAACCUCCAGGAUUUGGGCUAUGAGACUUGUGGCUGAAGCGAGAAUCAGGCUGAACAGGAGGAAACCACCAGUCCUGAGUGUGAGGAGCACAACAGCCUCAAGGAAGUGAUCCUGAUGGAGGGGCUGUGCUCUGAGCAGGUGCUGGGGCUGGCUAGUUCGUCUGAGAGGAAGCCCUUGGAGAACCAGCUAGGGAAGCAGGAAGAGUUCCGGGUAUAUGGAAAGUCAGAAAACAUCUCAGUCCUACGAAAGGACAUCAAAGAUCUGAAGGCCCAGCUGCAGAAUGCCAACAAGGUCAUUCAGAACCUCAAGAGCCAGGUCUGGUCCCUCUCAGUUACAAGUGAUUAUUCGUCUAGUCUGGAAAGACCCCGGAAGCUGAGAGCUGUUGGCACCUUGGAGGGGUCUUCACCUCAUAGUGUCCCUGAUGAGGAUGAGGUGUGGCUGUCUGAUGGCACUGGGGCUUUCUACUCGCCAGGGCUUUAGGCCAAAAAGGACCUGGAGAGUCUCAUCCAGAGAGUAUCCCAGCUGGAGGCCCAGCACCCAAAAAGUGGACUAGAAAGGAAGCUGGCUGAGGAGCUGAAAUCAGCCUCUUGGCCUGGGAACUGUGAUUUCCUGAUUUAGGAUCAGGCCCGGAAACUGUCUUACCUACGGCAAAAAAUACGAGAAGGGAGAGGUAUUUGUUAUCUUAUCACCCAGCAUGCAAAAGAUACAGUAAAAUCUUCUGAGGAUCUCCUAAGGAGCAAUGACAUUGACUACUACCUGAGACAAAGCUUCUGGGAGCAACUCACCCAGGGAAGCCAGCUGACAGAGAGGCUCACCAGCAAACUCAGCACCAAGGAUCAUAAAAGUGAGAAAGAUCAAGCUGGACUUGAGCCACUGGCCCUCAGGCUCAGCAGGGAGCUGCAGGAGAAGGAGAAAGUGAUUGAAGUCCUGCAGGCCAAGCUGGAUGCUCGGUCCCUCACACCCUCCAGCAGCCAUGCCUUGUCUGACUCCCACCGCUCUCCCAGCAACACCUCUUUACUGUCUGAUGAGCUGGAAGCCUGCUCUGACAUGGACAUAGCCAGCGAGUACACACACUAUGAAGAGAAGAAAGCUUCUCCCGGUCACUCAGAUUCCAUCCAUCAUUCGAGUCAUUCUGCUGUGUUGUCUUCUAAACCAUCAUCAACCAGUGCAUCUCAGGGGGUUAAGGCCGAAUCCAACAGCAACCCCAUCAGCUUGCCAACUCCCCAGACCCCAAAGGAGGCCAACCAGGCCCAUUCAGGUGCCAGCACUCUUCCUUCUGCUUCCACAGCUACAUUGCCGAGCAACGACUUGGAAGCCGACUCUUCCCACUACCUCAACUCUGCCCAGCCUCACUCUCCUCCUAGGGACACCAUAGAACUAGGAAGAAUCCUGGAGCCUGGGUACCUGGGCAGCAGUGGCCAGUGGGACAUGAUGAGGCCUCAGAAAGGGAGUGUAUCUGGGGACCUAUCCUCAGGCUCCUCUGUGUACCAGCUUAACUCCAAACCCACAGGGGCUGACCUGCUGGAAGAGCAUCUUGGUGAAAUCCCGAACCUGCACCAGCGCCUGGAGGAGUCCAUCUGCAUCAAUGACCGCCUAUGGGAGCAAGUGGAACACCGGCUGACCUCUACUGCAUGUGGAAGCGGAUCCACCUCUAAGUUCUACAGUCAGGGUCUGGAGUCCAUACCUCAGCUCUGCAAUGAGAACAGAGUCUUCAGGGAAGAAAAUCGAAGACUUCAGGCUCAACUGAGUCAUGUUUCCAGAGAGCACUCCCAAGAAACGGAAAGCCUGAGGGAGGCUCUGCUGUCCUCUCGAUCCCAUCUUCAAGAGCUGGAAAAGGAGCUGGAGCACCAGAGGGUAGAAAGCCAGCAGCUUUUGGAAGACUUGAGGGAGAAGCAGCAAGAGGUCUUGCAUUUCAGGGAGGAACGUCUUUCCCUCCAGGAAAACGACUCCAGACUGCAGCACAAGCUGGUUCUCCUGCAGCAACAGUGUGAAGAGAAACAGCAGCUCUUUGAGUCCCUCCAGUCAGAGCUACAAAUCUACGAGGCACUUUAUGGCAAUUCCAAGAAGGGGCUGAAAGCUUACAGCCUGGAUGCCUGUCACCAAAUCCUUUUGAGCAGUGACCUGAGCCACCUGGUGGCAGAGGUACGAGCUCUGAGAGGGCAGCUGGAGCAGAGCAUUCAGGGGAACAAUUGUCUGCGACUGCAGCUGCAACAGCAGCUGGAUAGCGGUGCUGGCAAAGCCAGCCUCAGCCCCUCCUCCAUUAACCAGAACUUCCCAGCCAGCGCUGACUCUGGAAACAAGCAGCUGCUCCUCCAAGAUUCAGCUGUGUCCCCUCCAGUCCGGGAUGUUGGUAUGAAUUCCCCAGCUCUGGUCCUCCCCAACUCUGCUUCCUCUACUCCUGGCUCAGAAACGGCCAUAAUCAACAGAGCAAAUGGCUUGGGUUUGGAUACUUCUCCAGUAUUGAAGACCCCUCGCAAGCUGGAGGGUGAUGCUACUGAUGGCUCCUUUGCCAAUAAGCAUGGCCGCCAUGUCAUUGGCCACAUUGAUGACUACAGUGCCCUAAGACAGCAGAUUGCAGAGGGCAAGCUGCUGGUCAAAAAGAUAGUGUCUCUUGUGAGAUCAGCAUGCAGCUUCCCUGGCCUUGAAGCCCAAGGCACAGGGGUGCUAGGCAGCAAAGGUAUUCAUGAGCUUCGGAGCAGCACCAGUGCCCUGCACCAUGCCCUAGAGGAGUCGGCUUCCCUCCUCACCAUGUUCUGGAGAGUGGCCCUGCCAAGCACCCACAUCCCUGUGCUGCCUGGCAAAGUGGGAGAAUCAACAGAAAGGGAACUUCUGGAACUGAGAACCAAAGUAUCCAAACAGGAGCGGCUCCUUCAGAGCACAGCUGAGCGUCUGAAGACCGCCAACCAACAGAAGGAGAGCAUGGAGCAGUUCAUCGUCAGCCAGCGAACCAUGCAAGAAGCGCAGCCACCAGAAGUCCUUAAAACAGCAGGAAAGGCUGGCCUGUCCCCCUUUUGUGCAGCUACCUAUCUGCUGAGGAGCAUAUGGGCCUCAUUCCUCCAAGUCCACUGGAGGGUCCAGAAAAGGGAGUCAGAGAUGUAUCCUGGUGGAGCUGGGAGAAAGGCAGAAAGCCUUUCUGACAGCUAUGGAAUACCGUUAGAAGGUCCACUUGGCCCAGCACUAAGCAAAAGAUGCGUAGUUUGCAUAGAAGGUUUUGUGAUACUGCCUCUCAACAGCCCCAGCAGCUUGGGAACUAGCAAGAGCACAUUUCUUGCCUCAUCAGCUGUCCUGAGAUGGAAAACUCAGUGGAUAUAGGACCCUGAUUCUGAUGAAUGGGGCACGUGGUCCCAAUGCUGGAGCUCCUCUGACAGGUUCUAAAAGCACACUACUGAGCAGCGGUGCCCUGCCGGACACUGCUGGCGGGGGCUCAGUGAGCACUACUCACAGAUCCACACCUGACCCUGUUGGGUUGAGUCAGGCUGGGCUUUGGUCUGCACUGUAGCACCUGCGUUCUUUGAGUUCACAUCAUGAAUGUGGUGACUUCCCAGAUACCAUCUCAGACUUAACCUAGCACAUCGUAUUUCUUUUCUUCUAUGAUAUCCAAAUUGAACUGACCUCACUUCAGAGAUGCUUUCCCAUUUUGUCAUCCUAUCUUACCUUGGGGAAAUUGGAGACUGAUGGCCAGACCAACUCUGUUGAAAUUCUUGCAUAGAGCAAACCUGUGCUCAUUUUUAAGUGGCAUGGGAGAGGCCCCCAGCCAUGGUAAAGCCUAGUCUGUGUCUUCACAAUGGUGGUAGAAUGUGUUUGUGUGUAUAAAUGUAUGAUAUAGAUUUAUAUAUGUUGCUAUCGCCAUAUAUUGAAGGCCAACAUAACUGGUGGACAGGGUGGGUGACAGAAAAUGAAAGUCUUUUGUGAUUAUUAAAGCAAAAUGUGUAUAAAGAAAUAAAUAGUUUUUCUUUCA